CUUUGGGUUUCAGAGGAUUCUGUCAGAUUUCUUGAACUAUCAGUGCGACCUUCGGCGCGCGUCUUCCGCUAGCUUCGUGAAUUCGCGAUUCCGUGUAUCGUCCGAUAUCACACAUCGUUGAAAAUGGCAGCCCCUACACAAUUGGCUUACCGUACGGUUAAGGGAGUUGGCAUCUUGGAUGCGGCCCCAGUCUAUGGACCUUUGUCGGGAUUCGAGAAGCCUGAGGGAAACCUCCGUUGUAGCGCUUACUCUCCCUGCGGUCGCUAUUUCGCCUGGGCCUCUCCCGAUAAGGUGACAAUCAUCGAUCCGUCCGUCGGGCACGUUGUCUCCACCAUUGCCGCGGAGAACGUUUUCGAGCUGGGUUUCUCGCCGCUUGGAACCUAUCUGAUCACCUGGCAACGUCCCACCAAGGAUGCCAAUGGCGAUGCUGUGAAGAAUCUGAAGGUCUGGCAGGUCGUGUCCAGCGGAGAUGAGAAUGUAGUUGUGGGCAGCUUCGUCCAGAAGUCGCAGACGGGCUGGAACCUUCAGUACACCUCCGAUGAGCGUCAUUGCGCGCGCGUCGUUACCAAUGAAGUCCAGUUCUACCAGAGCGAGAACCUCUCUCAGGUCUGGAACAAGCUGCGAGUUGAGGGGGUCGCUGAUUUCGCCAUCUCGCCUGGCAAGAACACUUCCAUUGCUGUCUUCAUUCCGGAGCGCAAGGGACAACCUGCCGCAGUCAAGGUGUUUUUGGUGCCUCAGUUUGGAGCACCUGUCUCGCAGAAGACUUUCUUCAAGGGUGACAAGGUCCAGCUGAAGUGGAACGAGCAGGGCACAACCUUGAUUGUGUUGGCCCAGACGGAUGUCGAUCGCUCGGGCAAGAGCUACUACGGCGAGACCACCCUCUACUUGCUCAGUGCAGGCGGUGGCUUCGACUCACGUGUGGAUCUGGACAAGGAAGGCCCUAUUCACGAUGUGACCUGGUCUCCCAACUCGAAGGAGUUUGGUGUGGUCUAUGGUUACAUGCCGGCCAAAACCACCAUUUUCAACUUCCGCGGUGUUCCCAAGCACAGCUUCCCGCUCGGCCCUCGUAACACCAUCCAGUUCUCUCCCCAUGGCCGGUUCGUCCUUGUGGCCGGUUUCGGUAACCUUGCGGGUCAGAUGGAUCUCUACGACAUGGACAAGAACUACCACAAGAUUGCCACUGUGGAGGCUUCUAACUCCAGUGUCUGCAAUUGGUCUCCCGACGGUCAGUUCAUUCUAACCGCCACGACCAGCCCCCGUCUGCGGGUCGACAACGGACUUCGUAUUUGGCACGUGAGCGGUGCUCUGAUGUACAAUGAGGAGAUGACCGAGCUCUAUGAUGUGUUUUGGCGUCCCCAGUCUCUGGAGCAGCACCCAUUGGGCGACCCUUUCAGCCCUCUACCUACCCCUCACCCCUCUGCCGUGGCCUACCUCAGCACCAAGAAGGCUCCCGUCAAGCCCGCGGGUGCGUACCGUCCUCCCGGCGCUCGCGGCCAGCUCACUCCUCUCGCUUUCAAGCGUGAAGAUCAGGGUGGUGCCGCGUAUAUCCGGGAAGGCGCGCCUACCGGUGGUGUUGUGAACGGAUUCGGUCGCUCUCGCAGACGUGAUGUGCCUGGUGCCGAACCUGCCGAGGAGUUCUUGCCUCCGGGAGCCGCUCCUGGAGGAGGCGUGGCUCUGCCUCCGGGCGUUGAGCACCCGGAGAAGUUGUCCAAGUCAGCUGCCCGCAACAAGAAGAAGCGUGAGGCCAAGAAGCAGAAGGAUGAGCAGGGCGAGGGUGAGCAGGCUGCCGGCCAGUCCACCCGCAGCCCCGACCGCCGCGGCGACAAGGCUCACGAGCGCAACCGGUCCAAGGGCCAGAACAACGAGCGCAAGAACAACCAGCAGGCCAACGGAACUUCCGCCAAGGCCAAUGCUCAAGCCAAAGCCAUCGACAGCGUUGCGGAGGCGGAGGCUGCUUUGGACGCCAGCGGAGCACCCACUGCGCAGGACAAGAAGAUCCGUGGGCUUCUGAAAAAGAUCCGGGCGAUCGAAGAGCUGAAAAUGCGCCUUGCCGGUGGGGAGAAGCUGGAGGAUACGCAGAUGAAGAAGAUCCAGACUGAAGACGCGGUGCGCAAGGAAUUGGAGUCUUUGGGCUAUAAUGGUUAAGGCUAGGUUGGUACUUUGUGCCUGCCCUUUGCUUGUACAUAUAGCUCCUUGUGGCUAUUCAUCCCCGCUCCAUGUGGUGGAAAUCAUCUUCGCCGAUCUGAUGUGUUCAUUUUCUCGUGCUGCUUGCAUCGUUGGGAAU